CUUCAAGGACGGUAUGAUGACCGCCAAGCCUUCAUCGGGAUGCUCGACACUAUCAUGCGGGCUGAGGAUCGUUUGAGCAAAGGGAAGAAGCUCACGAACAUACGAUAUGAUGCAACGUAUGAUCAGGUAUGUACCUUAAUGGCGCUGAUUUCUCCGCGAGCAUAUGCCACUCUCCGGGCUGAGUUCGGUGGUCGAGGUGUUCGGAGCAUGCGGAAGAUACGCGCUCGAAAUGGCCAGUUCAAGUCUGGAAUAGAAGAUGCAAACUUCGAUGCUGCAGUGGAGUGGGCACGCGCGUUAGGAUGGGACGGGCCAUUCAUCCUUGCCGCUGACGACACGAAGGUCGUCGCAGCCCUACGAUCCUUUCAUGAUGGAGAA